AACUGGUUUAUAAAAGUCUAUCAGUAAGACAUUGGGUAUUGAAUGCGGUUAUUUAAAAGGACAAGGACGUAACAGUCAUUUUUGUAGUAUUUUAUUAGACAUAUGCAAGACGAACAAGCGGUCAGGAGGAUUUUUGAAACUGUAGACAAGAACAGGGACGGAAAUAUUGAUCAUACGGAGCUACAGUCGGCACUAUCAAAUGGUAUAGGUACACCGUUCAACACUAGAACUGUUCAGCUGAUGAUUUCAAUGUUUGACCAAGACAGAAAUGGAACCAUUGAUUUCAGAGAGUUCGUCUAUUUAUUCAAAUAUGUUCAGGAUUGGCAACGGUGUUUUCGUCAAUAUGAUCAGGAUAGAUCUGGAUUACUCGAUGCUAGAGAGUUUCAAAGUGCAUUGUCCUGUUUUGGUUACCGACUCUCUCCUUGUUUUAUAAAAAUGAUGAUCGGUCGUUUCGACCGUAAUAAACAAGGACAGAUCGCCUUCGAUGACUUUAUUUUUGCUUGUGUAUGUCUCCAAAUUCUCACAAACUCUUUUAGACGAUAUGAUAUAAAUCGUAAUGGAUAUGCACAAUUCAGUUUUGAAGAAUUUUUAUCUUCUGCUAUGUCUAUAAUUAUUUGAUAAAAUAUAUUUGUAAAAAGAAAAACAUCAAAUGGUUACUGUACAAAAGAAAAAUACAGAUGGUCAUUAUCAAUAACUUCACUUCUAUAUGGUAAUUGUUUUUGUUUAUUUGUUAAAUUUGUUUAUUUCAUUUGGUCUUCCUCCUUUUAUUGAACAAAUGAGAGAAAUAAACAUGAUUAAAAUUUCUUUAGUUUAAACCUAACUUAACUUUAAUUUUAUUGCAUUGCUUUUUGCUAAGAAGUUCCAUAAAACUCUGCUAUUUAUACUCAAUUGUUUCUGUUAUGUAAGCUUUUUGACAUAAUUUUAAGUUGGAUUUUUGUACUUGCUUCAAUUUUGAUUAAGAUUUUCCUUUUCUAUUUAGCUAUUUUCUGUUGUUUUUGUUUGAGAAAGAAAAACCGAUAUUGUUUUUUUUACUUGGUUGUCUUUUUGUUUACUUUUUGUGAACAUCCAAAAUCAUUGUAUAAACCACUUACUUUUUCAUUCAUUUGAUAAUAGGAGUUUAUAAUUGAUAUGAACCAUUCAAUUUAUAGCUGAUUGAUAGUUAAAUAAAAGCACGGUGCAUAUGUGUAGCUUACAAAUAUGAUCGUAAUUUCGUAUACAAUAUACAAGUUUGUUAGGGAUAUGAGUCAAUUAAUGACUAAAGGUUUCUUUUGAAUUAUAGUCCAA